GCAUGACGCCAACCGACUUCCGUAGAACGACAAGUAGUUACAUGUAAUGUGUUGACCGAAACCGAAAGUUGACUUCAUUUUUACAGACAUGUCUUCCAAUAAUUCUAGCUCGGUGAACAUUACUGUCUCCGACCGGGUCUCGCUGCCACAGUCGGUGCUUAUUUGUACAUUUGUGAGUAGUUCACUGUCCAUUAUUGGUGCAGUGGUUAUUUUCAUUACGUAUUGUCUAGUCACAGUGGCUAAAAACCAAACGAGGCGGCUUCUGGUGUACUUGACUAUUGCGGACUUAAUGACUGCGGUUGGAAACCUUAUUGGAGCAUCGCGCUACGCCCUCAGAAAUGAGACAGAAUAUCUUACAAGUCGUCAUCAAAUGCAAAAUACUUGUAUUACGACAAAUGCAGUGUGCGAGGUACAAAGCUUCGUUACGACGUUUUCAUCCUUGUCUUCUUUUUUCUGGACGUCUAUCAUCAUGGUACACAUUAUGAUGACCCUAAUCACCCAGCGAGAGUGGUCCAAUCUCCGUAACAGGGUGAUCUACCAUUGUGUAUCGUGGGGAGUACCACUGGGUAUAACAUUCCUAGCUCUUUCAUACGACGUUCUUGGAGAAGAUUUCUUCACUAACACCGGUCCAUGGUGCUGGAUUAAAGGGUGUCUACACCAACCCAAAGUUUUUCUAUGGAUGACAUUGACCGGAAAAGGCUGGGAAAUCCUUACCUAUUUUCUUACCAUGACAUUUUACAUAAUAAUGAAAAUCUACAUGUGGAAAAAGCGUUUGCGCUUCAGAGACAGAAGCCACCAUUACCUGAGGGAAGAGGACGAGUUGUAUAUUCUGAUCUUCUUCGUCAUCAUUAUUCUCCGCGCAGCAGGAACUAUCCGCUUUUUGUACGCCAUCGUCGAAGAUACCAACAACACUCCGGAUACCUUCGAUAUGAUUCUUCUUCAUAUCCAAAGCUUUGGAGACAGCGCACAGGCGUUUGCUAACUGUAUCCUUUUCUGCUUCCGAGACACAGCAGUGCGUCAGGAUAUGUGGAAUCGAGUCCGAGGGAUAGGUAAACCCAUGCGUGGUGAGGCGCCGUUACUUGAAAAUACGGUGAAUUAAUAUCUAAAGUCGCGAAAAGCAAGAGGACAAGACAGUACUAUGACAGUAUUUAGUGUUUUUCUAGAACUCGGUGCCAAUUUAUAACGUCGGUGCUUAAAAUGCAUUUUUUGCAUCAGUUUUCAAGAUGCUUAAUCCUGACAUGUACGUAAAUGAUUGUCGUAAAAGUAAUACAUGUAUCAAAGUUCCAACGUGUUACAGAUAAUCAAUUUGUUAUUACAAAGUUCUUAAUUCUUUUUGACAACUAUUACUUUGAUAAAGAUUAAAUUUCAAUCUAUCAAUAUAGAUUAAGUAAACAGUUACCACUCUAUAAAAAAACAACCCUCCUCUCAAGAAUAACCAUCUCAAUUAAACCGGAGUGUCAAAAACAAUUAAAUCCUCGAAAAGCACAUGAUAUGUAAACACUGAAAACAUUUUGAUUUUUGUUCUUGAAUUCAAAUAUGUUCAAAUUGCUUUACUCGUGAUAAUAAAGGGUCAUAAAAGCACCAUAAUAUUAAAUUCUCAAAAUGUGCAAAGAGGAUAAAAAAUGAAAUGUAAUAAAAUUAUAUGCACUUUGUUAAUUUAAAACUGGUUCAUUAUACGAUCGUUAAUAUUAAAAAAAGGAGAGAAAUUAAACCAAUUUUCGGAAUCUCAAACUUCAAAAUACAUGAAAAUAGUUUCCCGAAAAAGAUAUGCCGAUGAAUUUUUCAUGUAUUUUCUUACUAAAGUUAAUGCUUGAAUCUCGAAGUUAUUUUUUAAAGCAUUUUACAGCAAUUUGUUUAACUAAUUCCACCAGUUGGUAAUAAAAAGAGCUUUUUAAAGAUAUUUUAUGGAAUAAUACGACACUGAAGAUAUUUUCUAUACAUUAGAUACGCAUUUUAUACUUUUUUGGCGAUGUUUAUUUUUUUUACUUGUCAAUAAGUCAUAAUUAAGUGUUUAUGUCCUCAAAAUCAAUAUUUUAUUUUUACUGUGUUCAAACGGCGAUCUUUAUUUUUUGCGAAGACUUUUAUAGGUUACCAAGUUACCCAGCCUAUAACACCCUUUUCCGAAAGUGUUUCUAAGUAGUUUUUAUGAGCAAUUCAUAUUAAACUAAAAAAGUUGUAAUAGUGUGCAGAGAUUUUUAAUAGUACUGCUUGUGCUCAGAACAUGAAUGUUACAUCUGUAAUAUUAUUUUUUCUACUCUGCAUUUAUUUUUACAGAUGCAAAUUUGUUCUAUUAAAGUAUUCAUAGUAAAUUGUAAUAUGUUAUAUUCGAAGGUUAAUGAAAAUUUGUUGAUUUACACACAUUUUAAAUACAUUGAUAAUGUAACUUACAAGAACAAAAGUUUUUAAAUCGUUGUCUUUUCCAGCAUAUAUUGAACUUGAAUCAGGACAACUCGCCUCUAAGACAAGUUGCCCCCAGUAAAACCGAAGACAACUCGCCCCAAAUUUAGUACAACUCGCCACAACUCAAGACAGUUCGCCCCAAACAUAAAAAUAACUUGCUCCCAGUAUUUUUGUUUGUAUUACAACAAAAUAUAUAACAAAAUUUUUUAUUUUUUCCCUCAUAUACCACAACGCAAUUUAUAAUCUUCAGGUUUUAUUUCAAUUUUUGAUAUAUUUUAAUUUGAAAUUUAAUAGACUAUCAAAACUUUCAAUCACAGUGUUACUUGAACAGUUUUAUUCAAAUGCAUCUAUAAUCAGCAAAGGUUGUAUGCAUUGUGAUUAAAAAUAUGUUUUUCAUUAGUAAUAAAUUCUCUUUCCGGAUAUAAACUCGGUCAAAUACAUGUAAAUGUACUUUAAAAAACUAUGAUUAUAGAAACCGGACCAAUUUAAAUUGAGCACAUUGUUUUAAGUUUUAAAAUAACUUAACUAUGACAAACGUAAGUAAAAAAUCAGCGAUCAAACAGUCGCGAUAUAUUAUUCAUGUGAUAAUGAUAAUUAGUAAAAAUUAUGAUGAAACCCAAGCUGUAAAAAUAAGAGUUGACAUGUACACUUUUAAUUUUGAUUCUUCAAAGUGACGACUUAUUAAUGUAUGCAAUCUCUGAAUCUUUCUAUGUAUUUAACAAAUAAAUUGAGUUUAGAUUCUAAUAUUUGGCUUCCUAUUAAUAUUUUCGAAAAUCAUUGAAAAAUUAACACUAAUGUCGAUUAAAUAUGUAUAAAAUAUAUCUUUUUCAUUGAGGGCGAGUUGUUAAAAUUUGGGGGCGAGUUGUCUUGAGCUGAUGCCGAGUUGUCUUGGGGGUGAGAUGUCUUGGGGCGAGUUGUCCAGCAUUCAUUGAACUUCUUCAUCGUAAAACGUCACUUUACUAUCUUACAGGAUAUUAAUAAUAUAUAACAUUUUUUAUAGAUAUCCCUCAAACGGUUAUGAUUUUUGUUGAAAUAUGUUUUUCGCCAUUUUAAAAGUUUAAAAUUCAUAACAAAGGUUAAGGACAUUUGUCAAGUACUAACCUAAAUAAAGGACUCAAAUUUUUUUGUUAUGUAGAUAUCGUGCCAUGUUUUCUUUACAUUUCUGUUUUACGUCAAUAUUUACUUUCUGCUGAAUGACUAUGUAUGUAAACAUCUAAUGAUUUGUAGUUGUGUUAGUUUUGUAUAUAUAUUGCUUAUAUACCAGAUUAUUUGGUUUUAGUUAAUAAACUUAACUUGAACUUAAUCAUAGGUUGUACAUUCUUAUAAAAGAUUUAUUUGUUAUCCUUACAUUAUUUUAUUUGCAAGAUAAUUAUGAACAUAAUUAGCUUCUAAUGUUGCCACUUGUUAUUUUGUUAUGGAUAAUAUAUUUUCCAUUCAGCAACUUUAUACAUGUAUGUAAACAAAAUAUAACAAACAUUGUCAAACUCUUUAUCUCAAUUACAAUUUGAUAACUGACUUAAGAAAACAGUUACAUGUAUCAUAAUAGGCAUUGUAAAUUUUUACAUUGGGAAAGUAAACUUUGAGGGAAAAAUAUCGUGUGCAUGCUCUUCUAAUUUUGAAUUAUACGUGUAUAUAAACAAUGAAAAUAUUUUAAGUAUAUAAGUCUGUGUUGUCUUUUAUGUUUUAUAAUUU